ACAGCACUAAUCCAAAUAAAAAAGAUGGUGUCGUCACUUCGCUCUGAAUGACACUCUCUCUAUGCUAAUAUAUAACUCUAUGGGUGUACCUCUGUGUACCUAGAUCCUUGUAUUUAAAGAAGAAGAAGAGUGAAGAGUUGGCACCUGCACCUGGCACUUUUAAUUAAAAGAUAGUAGAUAUCAGAUUUUCAAAGUGCUUGAUAAAACAAUCAGUGCUAUUUUAAAUCCAUUUGUUAAAGUUUGUUCUUAAUACUUUUAAAAUGGGAGACUUAGAUGGAAAUACAGUUCUAGCUCAAGCUCUUAAAAAGCAAGGCAUUGAAUAUGUUUUUGGAAUCAUUGGUUACCCAGUCAUUGAACUUAGCAUGGCAUUACAAAUGGCCGAUAUUCACUACAUUGGUAUGCGCAAUGAACAAGCUGCUUGUUAUGCAGCUCAAGCUAUAGGUUACUUAACUGGCAACCCUGGAGCUGUAUUGGUAGUGUCAGGUCCAGGACUGUUACAUACAUUUGGCGGUUUGGCCAAUGCACAAAUAAAUUGUUGGCCAGUACUUGUUUUAGGUGGAUCUGCUCCACAAGAUCAUGAAGGAAUUGGAGGAUUUCAGGAGUGUAAUCAGGUUGAACUGGCUAGACCAUAUUGUAAAUAUUCGGCGCGUCCACCGAGCAUACCAUUAAUACCUCUUCAUGUCGAAAAAGCAGUGAGAUUAGCAAAAACAGGUCGACCAGGAGCAGCCUAUCUUGAUUUUCCUGCAAAUAUUUUAUCAGGUCGAGUUUCUCAAGAAAAAAUACCUGACCAGUAUGGUCCAGUGCCUAUCCCGCAAGUUUUUCCUGAUCCAAGACAAAUUGAAAAGGUCAUAACUGUUCUUUCGCAAGCCCAGAAUCCCCUGAUAAUUGUAGGAAAAGGUGCAGCUUAUUCAAGAGCCGAAAAAGAAGUCAGAGACUUGAUAGAAUUUGCUAAUUUACCAUUUUUAGCUACACCAAUGGGAAAAGGAGUCGUACCUGACACUUCUACAAAGUUUGUUGGAUCGGCAAGAUCGACCGCUUUACAACAAGCUGACGUUAUUCUACUUCUGGGAGCACGACUUAACUGGAUUUUGCAUUUUGGCAGACCUCCAAGAUUUUCUCCAAAUGUUAAAGUAAUUCAAAUCGAUAUUACUGCCGAAGAAUUGCACAAUAGUGUAAAAUCUGAAGUAGCGAUACAAAGUGACAUAAAAAGUGCAUUAGAACUAAUAAAUGCAGGUUUAAAAAAACGAAAUUUCAAAUAUAAUGACAACAGCGAAUGGUGGAGUUUAUUAAGAAAAAAAUGCCGGGAUAAUCAGAGGACUGUAAAGGCUAUGUGUGCCGAUAUAUCAGUACCAUUAAACUACUAUGCUGUUUUUCAAAACCUAUUUGAUCAUUUACCUGAAGAUUGUAUAAUUGUAAGUGAAGGUGCUAAUACAAUGGAUAUAGGAAGAACAUUAUUGCUUAAUAAUCAACCCAGGCAUAGAUUAGAUGCUGGUACUUUUGGAACUAUGGGUGUUGGUCCAGGAUUUGCCAUUGCUGCUGCAUUUUAUUGUAGACAUAAUCAACCAAAUAAGAGAGUUAUUUGUGUAGAAGGAGACUCGGCUUUUGGGUUUUCUGGUAUGGAAAUCGAAACUAUGGUUAGAUAUAAACUUCCUGUUAUUAUUGUGAUAGUUAACAAUUCUGGCAUUUAUUCUGGAAUGGAAGCCACUGUAUUAAAUGAAAUAAGAGAUAGUGUUGGAGUAGAAGAAAUCGCCAAAGUUUCACCUCCAGGAUGUUUAACCAGUGUAACGCGUUAUGACAAUAUGAUGAGUCUUUUUGGAAGAACAGGAUUUUUCGUUAACACAAUUCCAGAACUGCACGCAGCCGUUAAGGAAGCCCUAAAUGUUAUUGACGGACCUACAAUAAUAAAUGUUAUUAUCGAUACAACUGCUGAUAGAAAACCACAAUCAUUCCAUUGGCUGACAGAGUCAAAGUUGUAAUUUUUAUUGUUAAAUGAGAAAUGUGAUGCAUUGGUGCUUUUUGUAAAUUUAUGGAUAAAGAUAUAUAAAAAACAAGUAUAUUCUGA